GAUUCAGAUUCAAACAGUGGAAUAUCUGUUAUGAAAAGCACAGAUUGCAUCAGGAGAGUUUCCGAGACCAAGCCUCUACGUGAUGCCUGUCAAAUACUAUCUGUACUCCGAAAACCAUUAGAUCAAGUUGCCAUUGCUGAAAAUUCAUAUGAAAGGAAGGCAAGUUUUACUUCCCUAACGAAGGAGCUUCAGGAUCCAGAUGAGUUUUGUGAUGGAUCUCAAAGACAAAGAGCGCCAGCUGCUGAGCUGGCUUCAGUGGAGAAUGUGGACACUGGAAAUCUGACUGAUACUACCAACAAUGAAAAGUUACCUGGUCUAAUGAAGUCUAAAGAAUUGGCCUCUGAAUUCAAUGAAUCUUACUUGAUGGGGGACUUUGCAAUUGGCAACUCACAGCCUUCUCAUGGGCAAGCUGAUCCCAAGUGCUGCAGUGACAAUCUUGUUUCUGAAGCAUUGCUUUCACACUGUUCUCACAGCAAUGCUAGUGAUAAAAGAAUGGACCUUGAAGGAGAUAGAGAUCCAUUGAUAGUGAAGGCUGAGUGUCCCAGUUUUGAUCUUGGAUUUUGAACCAUAUCCAUUGCUCAA